GGUUCAGAUAAUGUUUUCAGUGUAAGUAAAAAUAUUUUUUUCCGAUAAAAGCUAAGUUGGGCAGUGAAAAGUUUCAUGCUUUCUAUCAGAUAUUUCAAUGAACUAGAAGAACAGAUACAGUCUUUAAACCUUUAGAUCAUUGGAAGGAAGGAAGAACAAUGGAGGAAACUCUUCCUCUCAGUGUUAGCCAUGUGAAUAAGUCUUUGGUUCUCACCAAUAGACUAUACAUGCUCCUCCAUUUUUCUGCUCUUUGUUUCUUGGUUUAUUAUAGGCUGUGUUUCUUCUUUCAGGAUCCACAAACGCGAGAAGCCUCUUUCUUCCCUUGGCUUCUUGUUUUUGCCUCUGAAAUCAUUCUCUCCUUCAUUUGGAUUCUUAAUCAAGCUUUUCGUUGGCACCCCAUUUCCAGAACUGUGUUUCCUGAGCGAUUACCACAAGAUGACAAUCUCCCUCCCCUGGAUGUGUUCAUAUGCACUGCAGACCCCACUAAGGAACCCACUUCGGACGUAAUGAACACUUUGUUAUCGGCCAUGGCACUGGAUUACCCACCAGAGAAGCUGCAUCUGUAUGUUUCUGAUGAUGGGGGUUCGCCUGUCACCUUGAAUGCCAUGAAGGAGGCUUCGAAAUUUGCGAGGUGGUGGCUUCCUUUCUGCACAAGAUACAAAAUAGAAUGUAGGUGCCCCAAGGCUUACUUUUCUAUCUCAGAGAGUGAUGAUGUUGAUUUUGAUGUGAGCUUUGAGUUUCUUGCAGACAAGAAAAUGAUCAAGGAAAAGUAUGAGGCUUUUGAAGAAGGCAUAAAAAGAGUAAAAGAAGAUCAGGACAACUCUGGAGAUACUACUGUCAGAAGAAGUCAAAAUCAUACACCUAUUAUAGAGGUGAUACAGGAGAAUAGCAGCAGUGAAAUAGAGCAGGUGAAAUUGCCUUUCCUUGUCUAUGUUUCCCGUGAGAAAAAGCCUUCUCAUCCCCACCAUUUCAAAGCCGGGGCCCUCAAUUCCCUUUACCGAGUCUCUGCUGUCAUAAGCAAUGCUCCGUACAUUCUAGUGCUGGAUUGUGACAUGUUCUGCAAUAGCCCAGCUUCAGCACGCCAAGCAUUGUGUUUCCACCUUAAUCCCGAGAUAUCUCAUUCACUUGCUUUUGUUCAAUUUCCUCAGAAAUAUCACAACAUAAGCAAGAACGACAUAUAUGACAGUCAGCACAGAUCAGCAUAUAAAGUUCUAUGGCAAGGUAUGGAUGGGCUCAUGGGACCGGUAUUGUCUGGCACAGGCUUCUAUAUAAAAAGGGAAUCACUAUAUGGAAAUUACAAAAUCAAAGACACUGACCUUGAACUCCAACAAUAUGUUGGCACAUCCAAUGAGUUCAUGAAAUCCUUAAACCAAAACUGCACUACAGAUUCAGUCACAGCUGGACGUACAUUGCCUUUAAAGGAGACUCUUCUAUUGGCUUCUUGUAACUACGAAAUUGGGACUCAAUGGGGUAAAGAGGUUGGGUUCCUGUAUGGUACAGUAUGUGAAGAUGUUCACACCGGAUUCAUAUUGAAUUGCAAUGGUUGGAAUUCAGUGUUGUGUGAUCCACCACAGGCACAGUUUCUAGGAAAUGGUACCACUAAUUUGAAUGAUUUACUAGUUCAAGGCACCAGAUGGUACUGUGGACUGCUUGAUAUUGGUUUAAGCAGGUUUUGCCCUCUUAUAUGUGGGCCUUUAAGGAUGUCUAUACUUCAGAGUCUUUGUUAUGCACAACUAACAUAUUUCCCUCUCUAUUGCUUGCCCCUUUGGUGUUUAGCAAUUGUCCCUCAGCUUUGUCUGAUAAGUGGAAUUCCUUUGUACCCAAAGGUCUCAGACCCAUUUUUCUUCAUUUUUCUGUUUAUCCCUCUAUCAGUUCUCACCAAGCACAUUGUUGAAGUGAUUUCAACUGGAGGAACAUUCAGAAAAUGGAUAAUUGAACAAAGGAUGUGGAUGAUUGUAUCAAUCACAUCUCAUCUAUAUGGAUGUUUGGAUGCUCUACUGAAGAAAUUUGGUUUGAAAGAUGCUAGUUUCUUGCCAACCAAUAAAGUUGAGGAUGAGGAACAGACUAGGCUUUACCAAAUGGACAAAUAUGACUUUAGAACAUCAAACAUGUUUCUGGUCCCAAUGGUUGCACUCCUCAGCAUCAACAUAUCUUGCUUCAUAGCGGGCAUAUACAGAGUGGUAUCAGUGGGAAAUUGGGACCAGAUGUCCAUACAGCUUUUGCUUACAUCUUAUAUCAUUGUUUUCAACUAUCCAAUAAUUGAAGGGCUUCUUAUAAGAAAAGAUGUAGGGCGCAUUUAUCCUUCACUUCCUUUAGUUCUAACAUCAAAUAUCUUGGCCACAACCAUCGCUUGCACACUUUACUCUUUACUAAACAAAGUAUAAAGAUCACUUUUCUCUGGGCCAAGUAACAUUCAUCCACCUUUGCUUUUAAUGCACAUGGAUGCUGUGUAGUGGAGAACAUAACUGCUGUAACAGUGUAACAUGAUGUUCCAUCAAAUAAAGCAAUACAUUCAAAAAUCCA